GACCGUCCAAGACUAACCUCACAGCAUUCAAAGUACGUCGCCCACACCAAAUACCGCCCGCCUACCGCUCGAAUACUGAUUGCCCCAGAUGGCCGCCGCUAAGAAGCAUGUCCCGAUCGUCAAGAAGCACACGAAGCGCUUCAACCGCCACCAGUCGGACCGCUUUAUGCGCGUCGACCCCUCGUGGCGCAAGCCCAAGGGUAUCGACAACCGCGUCCGCAGGCGGUUCAAGGGCCAGGCUGCUAUGCCCAAGAUCGGUUACGGAUCCAACAAGAAGACCCGUCACCUGAUGCCCUCCGGCCACAAGGCCUUCGUCGUCAACAACGUUGCCGACGUCGACCUCCUCCUCAUGCACAACACCACCUUCGCCGCCGAGAUCGCCCACGCCGUUUCCGCCCGCAAGCGCAUCGACAUCAUCGCACGCGCCAAGCAGAUCGGCGUCAAGGUCACCAACGGCCAGGCCCGCGUCAAGACCGAGUCGUAGAUGUAGAGUGUAGCGAAGGGUUUCCACUGG